AUGUCGAUCGAGCUCGAAAAGAUCUUGGCUGCGGCCCCUGCAACGACGCGGGGCCAGCCGACACAGCUCUCAUGCGACGCCAAAGGAGAGCGUAUAGCUUAUGCGUCCGGCAAGUCUAUAUUCCUCCGCAGCAUCGACGAACCCUCCCUCUGCAAGCAGUACACCGGCCACACCACGACCACCACCGUCGCCAAGUUCUCUCCCUCAGGCUUCUGGGUUGCCUCGGGUGACGUCUCGGGCCAGGUGCGCGUGUGGGACGCCGUCGAAGCUGUCAACACCAAGGGCGACCAGCGCGUCAUCGCCGUGGGCGACGGCCGCGAGCGUUUCGGCCACUGCUUCACGGCCGACAGCGGGAACAGCGUGGGCGAGGUCAGCGGGCACAGCAAGGUCAUCAAUGCCGUCGCCAUCCGCCAGCAGCGCCCCCUGAGGGCCGCGACCGUGUCCGACGACAGCUCCAUGUGCUUCUUGCACGGCGCGCCGUUCAAGUUCGCCAACAAGGCCGGGGGGCUGCACAAGGGGUUUGUGCUGGGCACCGCGUUCAGCCCGGAUGGGAAUACCCUGGUCACAGUGGGCGCGGAUAAGAGGAUCCAACUGUAUGAUGGCAAGACGGGCGAGCCGACGCAGCAGGUGGGCGAGGGCGUGCACACGGGCAGCAUCUUCGCCGUGAGCUGGGCGAAGGACUCGACGCGCUUUGUCACGGCGAGCGCGGAUCAGACGGUGCGGGUGUGGGACGCUGGGUCGGGCGAGUGUACGCGGGCGUGGCGGAUUGGGGAGGAAGGGAGUGUCAGCGUCGACAACCAGCAGGUUGGCGUGGUGUGGCCACACGGGAGGAGUGACGGGCUGAUCAUUAGCCUGGGCCUAAACGGAGACCUCAACUAUCUCACGGAGGGUAGCGACAAGCCUACCAAGGUUGUUCAGGGACACAACAAGAGCGUCACUGCGCUAGGUGUGGCGUCGGAAGGAAAGGGCAACAUCAUCACCACAGGCAGCUUCGACGGUAAGGUCUGCAGCUGGGACGUAUCUACAGGCGCUGGCGUCGUGGUGGAGGGGCAGGCCCAUUCCAACCAAGUGACACAGUUCGCUGCCGGCGCAGGCCAAACCUUCAGCGUAGGCUGGGAUGACACACUGCGCACCAUCCAGGAAUCCACCAGCAACUUCCUCGGCACAUCCAUCAAACUCCCCUCCCAACCCAAGGGGAUCGCCAUCACGGCCGGCCGCACCAUCGUCGCGCUGAACGACAGCAUCGCCGUCUACGCCAACGACAAGCUCCUCACCCAGCUCCCCACGGACUACACGCCCGGCGCGAUCGCCGCGCACGGCUCAUGGGUCGCCGUCGGCGCCGCCAACAACACCGUGCAGGUGUACAGCCUCGACAGCACCUCAGGCAAACUCACCCCCUCCCACACGCUAACCAACUCGACCGCGGCCAUCUCGGCGCUGGCCUUCUCCGCCGACGGCGCACACCUCGCCGCGGGCAACGCGUCGGGCAAAAUUGUAGCCUACAAGACAGGGGGCGGUACGCAAUGGGAGGUGGCGACGGACCGGUGGUCGGCGCACACGGCGCGGGUGCUGAGCCUGGCGUGGAACGGCGCCGGCACGCACGCGGCCAGCGGCGCGCUAGAUACCAACGUGCACGUGUGGAGCCUGGCCAAGCCUGGGAGUCGGGUUAAGGUGGCGAACGCGCACAAGGACGGCGUGUACGGCGUUGCGUGGGUGGGGGGUGAUGGCGAAAGGCUGGCGAGUACGGGUGGGGACGCGGCGGUUAAGAUUUGGGGGGUUAAGGGGCUGCAAUGA